AGAUUGCUACUGUUUAACUCCGUCCUUAUCGUGACAACAUUGCAUUUGCUGAUUUGUGUGUAUGCAUUUUGUAAAUGAUCAUAUUCGGUCGAAAGCUUACGGUAUCAUUGAUUAACGUUUGCGAUGAUGGAAACGCGAUCAGCGGUUUAUAAAAUGAUGAAGAAUACAGCUCAUGAAGAAAGGCAGAUAACAAAGUGGCAACCACCGUUCUUAUCAGAUGCAACCCCUUACGUGAAACGAGAUUUUGAUAUCCAUGUUCGUGAGGUGUGUCUCUCUAAACAGUCUAUUUCAAUACCCAAAAUAUCAAAAGCAAUUAUCCUUGGAGACGUGGCUGUUGGCAAGACUUCCUUAGUUAAUCGAUUUUGUCACAAACACUUUGACAAUAAUUAUAAAGCUACCAUAGGAGUAGACUUCGAGGUGGAGCGUUUUGACAUUCUAGGCAUUCCUUACAAUUUACAGAUAUGGGACACAGCAGGGCAAGAGAGAUUCAAGUGUAUUGCAGCUUCAUAUUACAGGGGUGCGAAUGUAAUUGUGAUUGUCUUCGAUUUGGGAAGCCUAAUGUCCUUGUCCCAUUGUCGACAAUGGUUAGAUGAGGCACAACGAUCUAACAAUGGCACAGCUCAACUUUUCUUAGUUGGCAGCAAAAGAGAUCUAUUGUCAAAUUCCGUUUAUGAAGUCAUAGAGAGACGAGCAGUGUCUGUUGCACGCUCGAUGAGAGCCGAGUUCUGGGCUGUUUCAGCUAGAACUGGCGACGGCAUUUCUGAGCUAUUUUCGAGAAUCGCUGCAUUAUCCUUUAAUGCUUUGCUUCUGCAAGAAGUGCAAAGUAUCCGAAAAGUCUGUACAAUUGGUAAUUCAGAUCUUGUCACUCUCAAGUCAACGCCGGAUAACAUCCCAAAGAAGAAAAACAAGCCACGUUGUUCUGGCAGUUGUCUUAGUCAAUCAUGAUAAUAUGAAAUUACAAUACAGAUAAUUCACACCGCCUUUGCGUUGAAUCACCUUUCAAAAAAUUCGCCCGCAUUUGAUUUCAAAUCAUUCUCACCUUCAUCCGCAUGUAGCGCUACUAAUCAAAAUUUGAUAGAGUGCAGCCCCGUAAACGAACUCGUUGAUUCCCGUAUGGUUGCGCAGUGCGCAUCCUCAAUGUCGGCAUCUUGCUAUUGUCAAUCUACUAUUCAUACGUCCAUGAUCUGUCCUAUGUUUGGUUUCCAUUCCCGAGUAAUGUGCGGUAGUGUUAAUUUGUGGUUAUUAUAUUUAAAAAAUUAAAUAAUUAGACGA